GAUCCAGUCACGGUUGUGCAGGAGCCUAAUCGUUCGAAGCUCUUGCCGAGAUCUUGGCAGCCGUCUCUUGUUUCUUUGGAAAAUGAAACAGACAACAAAAAUCAAUAGCACUUCCGUGACAACUCAACAAACAACAACAAAGUAGCUAGCUAGGCAGCAACCGCUCUCAAUAGAUAUCAAGAUGACCCUGAACUCGAGCAAGUUUGUGGGUAUUCAAUUCCAAAACAAAGUGGGUACCUUGCUCAUCAAUGCCGAAAAGGUGAUUUUUCGUCCCAAGUUAAGCCCGUCCGAAAAGGCAGCCAACAUCAAACCAGUGGCUCGUUCGUGGCGAUGGAUUGCCAUUGAUCGAAUUGAAGUUUUGGAUCCUCCGCGAAACUCUCCUUCCUUUCGAAGUUUAAAACUGAAAUCCAAAGUGGCGGCACAAAAGGCCGUCACGUUGGUGAUUCCCACUGAUGUGCUCGAUGAUGUUGUGGAAGAUAUGAACAAGAGGUUAUCCAAAGAAGCCAUGGGAUUUGAAGGAUCUCUGUCACCACAAGUGCAAAAGAAAAUGGCACCUGUGCAGUUGAGACGAAAAUCAUCAGGACCAAUUUUGAUGCAGACAAUUGAUGAAGCCAGCCUUGAAGAUUCCUCUACUGUCCAAAAGACCAGCAGAAAACAAGCCAAAUCAUCAAGGCGUGCCAGUAUGCCUGAAAUAACGACUGCAAAGAAAACACCAACAAAGAAAGAGCAAGACAAAAAGACGGAAAAGGGGCCUACAAAGCCAACACAAUCAGCCAAGGGAUCCACCAAAACUAAAAAGGAAACUCAACCAGAACCAGUGCCAGCUGCAACGGAACCAGCUACCAACAAAGAAGAAGUACUGGUACAACAGGCUGAAGAACCAACGCCACAAGCAGAACGAUCCCUGCUGUCUGCUGUCACAGCUGUCACUCAAAGAAUUACGGAACCCAUUCAGAAACAAGUGAAAACGCACACCAAAUUUCCUCUCUUGAAACCACCGGAAUCUCACAGACACAAGGAAGAGGAAGAAGACGAAGAGACAGAGGACGAAAUUCCAGCAGAAGCCGCUGCCGUCACUGCUGCUGCCGAUGAAGAUGAUAGUUCCCCCAAUGCUUCAACCACAAAUAAAUCACAGACGAAACGACCCCUUUUGCACUUUUUGAAGCCACCACCACCGCGUCGAAACAUUACCGACGAGUUUGAUGAAGAGAUGAAGAAAACCUUGGAGUCGCAGGCCAAAACGUCACCGACGGCAUCAAAUGCAGGAUCCAACAAUAUCAAGUCAAAAGCAAAGCAAAAGGAGGACAAAGAGCAGAAGAAAGCGUCCCAAAACCCAAAUGCCGGCAAUAAAUCAAAAGCAAAGGCCAAAGACAAAACGAGGAAGAAAUUGCCGCCACCAGAGACCAACAAUAAGCCGAAAGCAAAGGCGGCGCAAAAGGACACAGCGCAACAGAAACCAAAGAGCGCACCACCGGAAGAACAGAGUGACGCAGUGCCAAGCCCACGACGGAGCAGCAUGUUUGCCACGCCUCCGCCACAAGCCAAGCCCAAGGCAGCAACCACAAACAAGAAGAGAACCUCCUGGACGCCUUCGUCUGAAAUGGUCUACACACCGCCACCAGCACGAAAAGAAAAGGUGCAACGGGAGGUUGUCUUCAAUCCUAUGGAAAACGAAAAUUCAAGUUCCCCUCAGAAAGAAAUUGUGUUUACGCCCACCACGGAAGAAAAAGAAAAAGUGAAAAAGGUUACGACCACUGUCAAGUUGCUCGACGAAGAUGAAACAUCCGCGUCGACUAGUUCCUCGGAGGGGCAACCUGUCGAAAAGAGCGACGCCAAACCAGAAUCAAAAAUUUCGCCGACAAAAUCAGUUGAGGACGAGGACGACAGUGCUGGUGUCCUCUGGAAUCCAAAGGCCCCGGAACACGUCUUUCGCAUGAUGAUUCUCCAGCAUGCCGCCAACUGCGAUUGUGCCAAAGGAUCUUGUUUCUACGAUCCCACGUGUUCCGACUAUAAGCGCAUUUUGGCCCAUAUCGUAGUGUGCGGCGAUGGCGACGAAUGUGACUUUGAACGAUGUCGAGCUACCAAGCAAUUUUUGCUAACUAUGCAAUUGAUGCAGGAUUUCAAGCACGAUGGUCCGGUGGAAGAGGCUCACAAGGACUUUUUGGUAAAUGUGGGAGCCGUCGCGCCCAUCCCUGUCAUUCAGAUGCCGACCAAUCUUCGCGGAGGUAACUCGGACGGCCUAUCCGUUGUCAGUGAUAGCACAUGGUGGAGCAAUGAUUGGGGUGAAGUAGAAAAGGACAUGGACGACGACGAUGACAGCAGCUAAGACAUCCCAUCUACUUGUCGCAUUUUAAAACCUACCGUACUACAGCUUGCUAGCAAGUCUUAGCUAGCUGGCUGCUGGCUGGCUAGCUAGAGCCCAUGUCAGAAGCUUUUUCGAAAGUGGGCUAGACUGGUGCUACAACUAUCUGGUACCGGUUACUAAAUUUGGAUGUCUACCCAGCCGCCAAGCUGCUUGGUUGCCAAAACUUUGGAUAGCUUCCCUGGGCCACUUGCUCAAGCUGGCUACUAGACUACGGUAUCACUGGCGGGCUCGGUUGUGCUCUACUGAAGGCUACUACCGGUAGCCAGCUAGCUAUGUUCACUUUUCUGCUUUGCCAGAGACACGUUUGUGAUCACAGCUUGAAGGUGUCAGAUGCGUCUUCUCCCAUUGGACGCGUGUGGCAAAACCCCAUCCAACCGUGUGACCGCGGGAGUCAACGUCAGC